GCCCACCUCAGCCAUCCCGGGCCCUGCUCCUCCCAUGCCUCUGCCCUCUUUUUAUCCUAUGAGCUUUUAUCCGUAACCUCACCGGACACUGUUUUGGGGAGUUCACCUGCUCUCUGUCCCUGUGCUGCUUCCUUUCACUCUGUUCAUCCCAGCAAUGCCCAUAGCCCUAGUGAUACUCAGGAUCACAGUCCACAGCUGUGGGUGUGUAACACGUGCCGAGCUGCUGCACAGAGCAUUUCCAACAGUGGAGGUGAAUGGCCACUCGUGAACCUUUGUUCUUCCUGGCUUUUGUUGCUCAGUCCUGAAAGUCCAUCAUCAGUAGUACUGCAGCAGGUUCGGUUUCCAUAAAUUAAAGAAGUUAAAUACAAGCAAGGUUAUCCUCCUGGGAAACAUCACUUUUUGUGUGUAAAGAAUAUCGUGCUGAGUUGCAGCAGCUGAGUUUAGAAUGUUACUUGACUUGUGAUUCUGAUGGAGGAAUAACAAGAGCUCAGGCUGCUGCACUGGAAGACUUUACAGGAAAUACAAAAUGUCAUCAAAUAGGAGUCAGAACCCGCAUGGACUUAAACAGAUUGGUCUUGACCAGAUAUGGGAUGACCUAAGAGCUGGAAUUCAACAGGUUUACACCAGACAAAGUAUGGCGAAAUCCAGAUACAUGGAACUCUACACUCAUGUUUAUAACUACUGUACCAGUGUACACCAGUCUAAUCAAGCACGGGGAGCUGGAGUACCUCCUUCUAAAUCGAAAAAGGGCCAGACACCUGGAGGUGCUCAGUUUGUUGGCUUGGAAUUGUACAAACGGCUAAAAGAAUUUUUGAAGAACUACUUGACUAAUCUCCUUAAGGAUGGUGAAGAUUUGAUGGAUGAGAGUGUGCUGAAAUUCUACACUCAACAGUGGGAAGAUUAUAGGUUUUCAAGCAAAGUAUUGAAUGGGAUAUGUGCCUACCUCAAUCGACAUUGGGUUCGUCGUGAGUGCGAUGAAGGUCGUAAAGGAAUAUAUGAAAUUUAUUCACUUGCCUUGGUGACCUGGAGAGACUGCUUAUUCAGGCCAUUAAAUAAGCAGGUAACAAAUGCAGUGUUGAAAUUGAUUGAAAAGGAAAGAAAUGGUGAAACUAUCAAUACAAGGCUGAUCAGUGGAGUUGUACAAUCCUAUGUGGAGCUGGGGCUGAAUGAAGAUGAUGCAUUUGCAAAAGGACCUACACUAACUGUCUAUAAAGAAUCCUUUGAAUCUCAGUUUCUUGCUGACACAGAGAGAUUUUAUACACGAGAAAGUACUGAAUUCUUGCAACAGAACCCAGUCACAGAAUACAUGAAGAAGGCCGAAGCUCGCCUUCUUGAGGAGCAGCGUAGAGUUCAGGUAUAUCUCCAUGAGAGCACACAAGAUGAGUUAGCACGGAAGUGUGAGCAAGUACUUAUCGAAAAACAUCUGGAGAUCUUUCAUACAGAGUUUCAGAAUUUGUUGGAUGCUGACAAAAAUGAAGACUUGGGUCGCAUGUAUAACCUUGUAUCUCGAAUCCAGGAUGGCCUUGGAGAGCUGAAAAAACUUUUGGAAACCCACAUUCAUAAUCAGGGUCUAGCUGCAAUUGAGAAAUGUGGAGAAGCUGCACUAAAUGAUCCAAAAAUGUAUGUACAGACAGUGUUGGAUGUCCAUAAGAAAUACAACGCUUUAGUUAUGUCUGCAUUCAACAACGAUGCUGGCUUUGUGGCUGCACUAGACAAAGCUUGUGGUCGAUUUAUAAAUAAUAAUGCAGUAACAAAAAUGGCUCAAUCAUCCAGUAAAUCCCCAGAGCUACUGGCACGAUACUGUGACUCUUUACUAAAGAAAAGCUCAAAGAAUCCAGAAGAAGCAGAAUUGGAAGAUACACUCAAUCAAGUGAUGGUUGUCUUCAAGUACAUUGAGGAUAAAGAUGUGUUUCAAAAAUUCUAUGCUAAAAUGCUGGCAAAGAGACUUGUGCAUCAAAACAGUGCUAGUGAUGAUGCUGAGGCAAGCAUGAUCUCCAAACUAAAACAAGCUUGUGGUUUUGAGUAUACCUCCAAGCUGCAGCGGAUGUUCCAAGAUAUUGGUGUAAGCAAGGAUUUGAAUGAGCAGUUUAAAAAGCACCUGACCAAUUCAGAACCAUUAGAUUUGGAUUUCAGCAUCCAGGUGCUGAGUUCUGGAUCGUGGCCGUUCCAGCAGUCCUGCACGUUUGCUCUGCCAUCUGAGUUAGAACGGAGCUAUCAGAGAUUUACUGCAUUUUAUGCCAGUCGUCACAGUGGAAGAAAAUUAACAUGGUUGUAUCAGCUGUCCAAAGGGGAAUUGGUUACCAACUGUUUCAAAAAUAGAUACACAUUACAGGCAUCCACAUUCCAGAUGGCGAUUUUACUGCAGUACAACACAGAAGAUGCCUAUACCGUGCAGCAGCUGACAGACAGUACUCAAAUAAAAAUGGAUAUCUUGGCACAAGUUCUACAGAUACUGUUGAAAUCAAAAUUGCUUGUUUUGGAAGAUGAAAAUGCAAAUGUUGAUGAAGUGGAGUUAAAACCAGAUACUUUAAUAAAACUGUAUCUUGGUUACAAAAAUAAAAAAUUAAGGGUAAACAUCAAUGUGCCAAUGAAGACUGAACAGAAGCAGGAGCAAGAAACUACACACAAAAAUAUAGAGGAAGACAGGAAACUACUGAUUCAGGCUGCUAUUGUGAGAAUCAUGAAAAUGAGGAAGGUUCUAAAACACCAGCAACUGCUCGGAGAAGUGCUAACACAGCUGUCCUCAAGGUUCAAGCCACGAGUUCCUGUAAUUAAGAAAUGCAUCGACAUCCUCAUUGAGAAGGAGUACUUGGAACGUGUAGAUGGUGAGAAGGACACCUACAGUUACUUGGCUUAGCAUUUUUAUUAGCAAUUACCUGACUGUGUGACACUCGGCAAGUAGGUAUGUGAUGGAAAGAAUGAAAGCGACAGAACUUCAUAGCAGCCACCCUGCUGCCAUUUGGACCUCCCUUUUUAAUGACUGAGACCAGGACUCCAUCAGCCAGUCUCAGAUUUACAUCAGAACUGCUCAGGAUUGAUACAUUUCAAGUAUGUAAAUAUGGACACCAAUGCCAUUUAACCUAAUUUAAGAACAGAAAGGAAUCAGACCCUUCUCGUUUAAGGGUUGCAUGCUACUGCAUUUAAAUCAAUACAUUGGCUAUAUGAUAAACAGCUGCCAUCACAGGCAGCACUUAUACAUGUUGGCAGCACUUGGAGAGCGAGUCUGAAUGGACCCAUGUGUAAUCUGCUAUGAAAUACCAUUUGUAUAGUGUGUUUCAUUUUUUAAUGUGUGAUAAAUAAUAAAAAAAAUUUAAAAGA